CCACCUGGCAGUAAGUGCAGGCAGCUGUCCUGAGUUCUUCCCUUUGCAGCACACCUGAUGGCCCCUCCAGCCACGUGUCCGCACAGGUGCUGGAGAGGUAUAAAGAUCGAUGAAACAAAGGCGAAAUCUAGCUGAACGUUCUGCAGUGUGAAAGGUAACACCCAUUUUUCCCCUCCCAAGGCCAAAUUUACUCAAGUUAUUUGCGUUAACGUUGACAAUCUCAGAGGUAGCGUGAAGUCGGGAUGGUGGCAUUCCAACAGGUUGGCGUGGAAAGCGGAGAGUUUAGGGCUGGAUUAACCGACCCAGUCUUCCUAGGAGGCGAUGGCAAAAUCUUAGCGUGAACCCCGCGGGGUGAGACGUAGAGGUGGGGUGUGGUGUGGGACGUGGAAGGUCGUACCGGACUGGUGGGCUUGAAUUGUCAGUAGCGAGGGACACGGUGGCAGGAGUGAGUGGAUAUUUGAAAGCCGUCCAGAUCGCGGUGAUGUCUCGAACAUUCUUUUCAACAAGUACCUGCCGAGUCGGAUGAGAGGCGAAAAGGCUGAGGGAGGGCUGGGGUCCGCGGGGCGCUGCGUGGCCCGAGGGCAAAACCGCUGGCGGCGGAGCUCAAUGCCACUACUAUCAGCUGCCCGCGCAGAGGAAGGACGCUGCUGUGGGGCACUGGUGCUCUAGGGAAGGCUGAAAGGCAGGGAACCCGGCGUGCGAGGUGGGAGUACAGCCGGCGGGAGCUGCUCUGUGGCGGCGAAGGGGUUAAUGUGGCGGCAGCAGCAGUUCUAUUCGCGGCUGCCGGAGCUCCAGGCGAUUAGAAAGCGGCUCCGCGCCCCCGCCCGGCCUGGCCGCGGGAACGCGGCAGCAGCAGGUGGCGGCGGCGGCGGCAGCAGCAGCAGCGAGGGAGUUAACCCUGUGUCGGCGGCGAGCACCGACGGGAGGAGGGAGAGCAAGGAGCAGGCGGCAGCGGGAGAGGAACUGAGGAGGAGCAGGCAGCAGCAGGAGGAGGGGGACUGAGGAGCAGGCAGCGGCAGCAAGAGGGGGACUGAGAAACAGGCGGCGGCAGCCGGGUUGCUAGGGAUGGAGAGAUCCCGUGUCACCCGGAUGUGAGUGUCAUGUUGGCCCAAACUCUGAGGGAUUUGGCAGCGGCGAAGCAGCAACAGCAGCCGGAGGAGGCGGAGGAGCAGCCCCUCGCACGUCGCUAGUCACUACCAUGGGGGUCGGGUAGCGGGAAGCGCAGCGGGCAGCGCACACCUGGCUCGGGGUGGGGUGGCCUCUCUGCCCUUUUUUGGUUUGGGUUUGUUUUUUUCCUCUUUUCCUCUCACACUGGAGAAAGUGGGAACAAUGCACCAGCAGCAGCAGCCGGAGCAGCACCCUGAAGAGGCGAACUAUGCAAGUAGCACCAGAAUUCCUCUCCCUGGUGAUGGACCAGCUAUUCAGUCAAACAGUUCAGCACCAUCCAAGCAAACUGUUCUAUCUUGGCAAGCUGCAAUCGAUGCUGCUAGACAAGCAAAGGCUGCACAAAAUAUGAGUACUACCACAGCCCAGCCUGUAGGAUCUCUGUCCCAAAGAAAACGCCAGCAAUAUGCCAAGAGCAAAAAACAGGGUAAUACGUCUAAUAGUCGGCCACCCCGUGCCCUUUUCUGUUUAUCUCUCAACAACCCAAUACGAAGAGCCUGCAUUAGUCUAGUAGAAUGGAAACCAUUUGACAUAUUUAUACUACUGUCUAUUUUUGCCAACUGUGUGGCCUUAGCUGUUUACAUCCCAUUCCCAGAAGAUGAUUCUAAUUCAACUAAUCAUAAUUUGGAAAAAGUAGAAUAUGCCUUCCUGAUAAUUUUUACAGUUGAAACAUUUUUGAAGAUUAUAGCAUAUGGAUUAUUAUUACACCCCAAUGCAUAUGUUCGAAAUGGAUGGAAUUUAUUGGAUUUUGUAAUAGUAAUAGUAGGAUUAUUUAGUGUAAUAUUGGAACAAUUAACCAAAGAAGCAGAAGGUGGCAGCCACUCAGGUGGCAAACCUGGUGGCUUUGAUGUCAAAGCCCUAAGAGCCUUUCGUGUAUUGCGACCUCUCCGGCUUGUAUCAGGAGUGCCCAGUUUACAAGUUGUCCUGAACUCCAUUAUAAAAGCCAUGGUCCCCCUCCUCCAUAUUGCCCUUUUGGUAUUGUUUGUAAUCAUAAUCUAUGCUAUUAUAGGAUUGGAACUUUUUAUUGGAAAAAUGCACAAAUCUUGUUUUCUAAUUGAUUCAGAUAUUCUAGUUGAAGAAGAUCCAGCACCUUGUGCAUUCUCAGGGAAUGGACGUCAGUGUGUCAUGAAUGGCACUGAAUGUAAGGGUGGAUGGGUUGGACCAAAUGGAGGCAUAACCAACUUCGAUAAUUUUGCAUUUGCAAUGUUGACUGUGUUCCAGUGCAUAACCAUGGAAGGGUGGACUGAUGUGUUAUACUGGGUAAAUGAUGCAAUAGGAUGUGAAUGGCCAUGGAUCUAUUUUGUUAGUCUUAUCAUCCUUGGCUCAUUUUUCGUACUUAACCUGGUUCUUGGUGUACUUAGUGGAGAAUUUUCCAAGGAAAGAGAAAAAGCCAAGGCCCGAGGAGACUUUCAGAAGCUACGUGAAAAACAACAACUUGAAGAAGAUCUGAAGGGAUAUUUAGACUGGAUUACACAGGCAGAAGACAUUGACCCUGAGAAUGAUGAAGAGGUUGAUGAGGAAGGCAAACGGAACAGGGUUACAUUGGCUGACUUAAUGGAAGAGAAGAAGAAAAGCAGACUUAGUUGCUUUGGCCGUUCUUCCAAUAAACAUGCAAGCAUGCCCACCAGUGAAACUGAGUCGGUGAACACUGAGAAUGUGAGUGGAGAAGGAGAGAGCCCAGCGUGCUGUGGAAGUCUAUGUCAAACCAUCUCGAAAUCCAAGUUCAGUCGACGCUGGCGUCGCUGGAAUCGAUUUAAUCGGAGAAAAUGUAGAGCUGCAGUAAAAUCUGUCACUUUUUAUUGGCUUGUUAUUGUCUUGGUCUUUCUGAACACAUUAACUAUCUCAUCGGAGCAUUAUAAUCAACCUGACUGGCUGACCCAGAUCCAAGAUAUCGCAAAUAAAGUUCUUCUGGCUUUAUUCACCUGUGAAAUGUUAGUAAAGAUGUACAGCUUGGGCCUCCAGGCUUAUUUUGUUUCUCUUUUUAACCGCUUUGAUUGCUUCGUUGUUUGUGGUGGCAUUGUUGAAACCAUUUUGGUGGAGUUGGAAAUUAUGUCACCCCUUGGAAUUUCAGUGUUUCGCUGUGUUCGUCUCCUGCGUAUUUUUAAAGUGACAAGGCACUGGGCAUCCCUGAGCAACUUGGUAGCAUCCUUGUUAAACUCAAUGAAGUCCAUUGCUUCACUGUUGCUUCUGCUUUUCCUCUUCAUCAUAAUCUUCUCGUUGCUUGGAAUGCAGCUGUUUGGAGGCAAAUUUAAUUUUGAUGAAACUCAAACAAAACGGAGCACCUUCGAUAAUUUUCCACAAGCUCUCUUAACUGUAUUCCAGAUUCUAACAGGUGAAGAUUGGAAUGCUGUUAUGUAUGAUGGCAUAAUGGCAUAUGGUGGUCCCUCAUCGUCAGGCAUGAUAGUCUGUAUAUAUUUCAUUAUCCUCUUCAUCUGUGGUAACUAUAUCUUGCUAAAUGUCUUCUUGGCCAUUGCUGUGGAUAACUUGGCAGAUGCUGAAAGUCUAAAUACAGCUCAGAAAGAAGAAGCUGAAGAAAAGGAAAGGAAAAAGAAUGCAAGGAAAGAGAGCUUGGAAAAUAAAAAAAGUGAGAAGUCAGAAGGUGACCAGAAAAAGCCUAAGGAUAGUAAGGUAGCAAUUGCUGAAUAUGGAGAAGGAGAAGAUGAAGAUAAAGAUCCUUACCCACCCUGUGAUGUACCAGUAGGUGAAGAUGAAGAUGAGGAGGAUGAACCAGAGGUACCAGCAGGUCCACGUCCCCGUAGAAUAUCGGAGCUAAAUAUGAAGGAGAAGAUAACACCGAUCCCUGAAGGGAGUGCCUUCUUCAUUUUCAGCAGCACCAACCCAAUUCGAGUGGGAUGCCACAGACUCAUCAAUCACCACAUCUUCACCAAUCUCAUUCUUGUCUUCAUUAUGCUGAGCAGUGUUUCCCUAGCAGCAGAAGAUCCAAUUCGCAGCCACUCCUUUCGAAAUAAUAUCCUAGGGUAUGCAGAUUAUGUCUUCACUAGUAUGUUUACAUUUGAGAUCAUUUUGAAGAUGACAGCAUUUGGAGCAUUCCUCCAUAAAGGGUCCUUCUGCAGGAAUUACUUUAAUUUGCUGGAUUUGCUGGUUGUGGGUGUUUCUCUGGUAUCAUUUGGUAUUCAAUCAAGUGCUAUCUCAGUUGUGAAGAUCCUCAGAGUUUUAAGAGUCCUGAGGCCUCUAAGGGCAAUAAACAGAGCAAAAGGACUUAAGCAUGUUGUUCAAUGUGUCUUUGUGGCUAUUAGAACUAUUGGUAAUAUCAUGAUAGUUACAACUCUGCUGCAGUUUAUGUUCGCUUGUAUUGGAGUGCAGCUGUUCAAGGGAAAAUUCUACAGAUGCACUGAUGAGGCAAAACAGAAUCCAGAGGAAUGCCGAGGGAUUUACAUCGUUUAUAAAGAUGGAGAUGUUGAUAAUCCAAUGGUCAAAGAGAGGGUCUGGCAAAAUAGCGACUUCAACUUUGAUAAUGUUCUGUCUGCUAUGAUGGCCCUUUUUACAGUGUCCACUUUUGAAGGCUGGCCAGCGCUGCUGUACAAAGCCAUUGAUUCAAAUGGCGAGAAUGUAGGACCUGUAUACAACUAUAGAGUGGAGAUCUCCAUUUUUUUCAUCAUCUAUAUCAUCAUCAUUGCUUUCUUCAUGAUGAACAUAUUUGUUGGUUUUGUGAUAGUUACAUUCCAAGAACAGGGAGAACAAGAGUAUAAGAACUGUGAGCUGGACAAAAAUCAGCGUCAGUGUGUGGAAUAUGCCUUGAAGGCACGUCCUCUUCGUAGAUAUAUUCCCAAAAAUCCUUACCAGUACAAGUUCUGGUAUGUGGUGAAUUCUACAGGAUUUGAAUACAUCAUGUUUGUCCUCAUCAUGCUGAACACGCUUUGCUUGGCUAUGCAGCACUAUGGACAGUCUAAGCUCUUCAAUGAUGCCAUGGACAUUAUGAAUAUGGUUUUCACAGGAGUGUUCACUGUUGAAAUGGUUUUGAAACUGAUUGCAUUCAAACCCAAGGGCUAUUUUAGUGAUGCCUGGAAUACGUUUGACUCCCUCAUCGUUAUUGGCAGCAUAGUAGACGUCGUUCUCAGUGAAGCCGAUCACUAUUUCACUGAUGCAUGGAACACUUUUGAUGCCUUAAUUGUUGUUGGUAGCGUCGUUGAUAUUGCUAUAACAGAAGUUAAUCCAAAGCCAACUGAAACAGUCACAACUGAUGAGUCUGGGAACUCUGAAGACAGCGCUAGAAUCUCCAUCACUUUUUUCCGUCUGUUCCGGGUGAUGAGGUUGGUGAAGCUGCUUAGCAGAGGAGAAGGAAUCAGAACUUUACUAUGGACGUUUAUUAAGUCGUUUCAGGCUCUGCCUUAUGUUGCCCUUCUGAUAGCCAUGCUGUUCUUCAUUUAUGCUGUCAUUGGAAUGCAGGUGUUUGGAAAAGUGGCCAUGAGGGACAACAAUCAAAUAAACAGAAACAACAAUUUUCAGACCUUCCCCCAAGCUGUGCUGCUUCUCUUCAGGUGUGCAACUGGAGAAGCCUGGCAGGAAAUCAUGCUGGCAUGUUUGCCUGGAAAACGCUGUGAUCCAGAGUCUGACUAUAAUCCAGGGGAAGAAUACACAUGUGGAAGCAAUUUUGCCAUCAUUUAUUUUAUCAGUUUUUACAUGCUUUGUGCAUUUUUGAUUAUAAACUUGUUUGUGGCUGUCAUUAUGGAUAACUUUGAUUAUUUGACGCGCGACUGGUCUAUUCUGGGUCCCCAUCAUUUGGAUGAGUUCAAAAGGAUAUGGUCAGAAUAUGACCCUGAAGCAAAGGGAAGGAUAAAGCAUCUUGAUGUGGUUACGUUACUGAGACGCAUUCAGCCGCCACUUGGUUUUGGCAAAUUAUGCCCUCACCGAGUGGCCUGCAAGAGGUUAGUGGCCAUGAAUAUGCCAUUAAACAGCGAUGGAACUGUCAUGUUCAAUGCUACUUUGUUUGCUUUGGUUAGGACUGCUCUAAAGAUUAAAACAGAAGGUAAUCUAGAGCAAGCAAAUGAAGAACUUAGAGCAGUUAUAAAGAAAAUAUGGAAGAAAACAAGCAUGAAAUUACUUGACCAAGUUGUUCCUCCAGCUGGCGAUGAUGAGGUAACCGUGGGGAAGUUCUAUGCCACCUUCCUGAUACAGGACUACUUUAGGAAAUUCAAGAAACGCAAAGAACAAGGACUGGUGGGGAAGUAUCCUGCGAAGAAUACCACCAUUGCUCUGCAGGCAGGACUAAGGACACUUCAUGAUAUUGGCCCUGAAAUACGCCGAGCUAUAUCCUGUGACUUGCAAGAUGAUGAACCAGAGGAAAACAAUCCAGAGGAGGAGGAAGAUGUUUAUAAAAGGAAUGGUGCCCUCUUUGGCAACCACAUAAACCACAUUAGUAGUGACAGACGAGAUUCAUUUCAACAGAUCAACACCACACACCGUCCCUUACAUGUUCAGCGGCCUUCAAUUCCAUCGGCAAGCGAUACUGAGAAAAAUAUGUAUUCUCAGGCAGGAAAUUCUGUAUACCACAAGCACCAUAAUCACAACUCGGUAGGAAAGCACGUUCCAAACUCAACGAAUGCCAAUCUCAAUAAUGCCAACGUGUCCAAAGUUCAUGGGAAGCACACACAUUUUGGAAAUCCUGAGCACAGAUCUGAAAACGGUUACCAUUCCUACUCCAGAACUGAUCAUGAGAAGCGGAGAAGGCCAAGCAGUAGGAGAACCCGCUACUAUGAAACAUAUAUUCGAUCUGACUCUGGUGAUGGGUGUCGACCUACCAUUUGCCGGGAAGAACGCGAAGAACGAGAUUAUUGCAAUGAUGAUCAUUAUUUGGCAGAGCAGGAAUAUUUUAGUGGAGAAGAGUAUUAUGAAGAAGACAGUAUGUUGUCAGGAAGCAGGCACACGCAUGAUUAUCACUGCAGAUAUCAUUGCCACGACUCGGAUUUUGAGAGACCAAAAGGCUACCAUCACCCGCACGGGUUUUUUGAGGAAGAGGAUUCAACACUCUGUUACGAUACAAAAAGAUCUCCCAGGAGACGGCUUCUACCUCCAACACCAACACCACACAGACGACCUUCCUUCAACUUCGAAUGCCUGCGCCGACAGAGCAGUCAAGACGAGAUACCGCUCUCUCCCGAUUUCCACCAUCGCACUGCGUUACCGCUGCACUUAAUGCAGCAGCAGGUCAUGGCUGUCGCAGGUCUGGAUUCCAGCAAAGCUCAUAAGCACUCCCCAAGCCGUUCAACGCGUUCCUGGGCUACCCCACCUGCAACCCCUCCCAACAGAGACCGUGCUCCAUAUUACACACCUCUAAUCCAGGUUGAUAGGGCUGACUCCACAGAGCAUAUGAAUGGCAGCCUGCCUUCCUUGCAUAGGAGCUCUUGGUACACAGACGACCCUGACAUCUCCUACAGAACAUUUACACCAGCCAAUUUAACAGUCCCUAAUGACUUCAGGCAUAAACACAGUGACAAACAGAGGAGUGCAGACAGUUUGGUUGAAGCGGUACUUAUAUCUGAAGGCCUAGGAAGGUAUGCAAAGGACCCUAAAUUUGUUUCAGCUACAAAACAUGAGAUUGCCGAUGCCUGUGACAUGACUAUUGAUGAGAUGGAAAGUGCAGCAAGUAAUCUUCUCAAUGGAAAUAUCAGCAAUGGGACCAGUGGGGAUAUGUUUCCCAUUUUAAGCAGACAAGAUUAUGAACUUCAAGAUUUUGGUCCUGGCUACAGUGAUGAAGAACCAGAAGCAGGACAUUAUGAAGAAGACUUAGCUGAUGAAAUGAUAUGCAUUACAAGUUUAUAGUAUUUAGCAAGGAAAAUGAUUCUCAUAACAGAAAAAGUGCCUCAUAGUUUAAAGAUGGUAGGCACUAGCUGGAGUGAAUAACCAAUCAAGUUUUGUACCUGUGAUGUCACACCUCAAGGAAGCCAUAACUCAUAAAUUACCUGCAUGUUGCCGAAUGUGGUCAGAGCUGCAGCACAUCGGUCGAGUCCUCUCCCGCAGAGUCUUCAGUUCCUCUGUAGGAAUGAGGUUAGUUUGAAACCAGGCAGGUUGUGACAAUCAUUUUUUUUGAGGGCCAGAGUGAGAAUCUGAGGUGUAGUAUUCCGCCUGUCUUUCAAUCUUGUGCUGCUGUCUUUUGUGGUAGAGCAGGAUUGUGUCAGUGAAAACCUCUGUAUAAAUCUGGUACAAAAUUGUGCGGAAAGAGCAGCAUGAGAAGAGUGAUGACAACCAAUGAUGUCAUUACCUCAGCACUCAAGAGCAUAUCAGUUACCUGUUGCAUAUCCAUUCUAAUGAUUUCAAACUUGCCUCCUGAAUUCCUUUCUUUACGCUCUUCUGAAGUACAGUUUGUCAUGCUCUACCUGUUAGAGAUCACUGCAAAAAGAAGUUAUAUAAAGAAUAAUCUGUCAUAUGUAACAGCAGUUUACAUAGGGAAAUAUCAUUCAGGUAGUCUGUUUUAUGACUAUCACGUUAAGGGCAAAAUACACUGGAAUAAUUGCAUUCUUACUAAAUGCACUUGCAACCAGGUUAUAGUAGAGUUAGGCAAGAUAGUUUGUUAAAAACUCUAUAGUAGAAAUUACUGUAAAUGAAUUGUAAUAUACAAUGAUUUGUAUUUGUAAAGAGAUGUUCUAUAUUUUGUAACUAUUGUACCGUAAUUGAACUGCAGCAAUAUUUAUGGACCCCAAUUAUUGUUAAGUCUCCACAGAAUUCCAGAUAGAAGUAUUUUUACUUGGAAUAUAUAGAUCUAUAGCAUAAAUAUUUAACUAGA